UCGUCGUUAAGGAUGUCUUGCGAUGACGAAACGGUGAACGGAGAAUUUUGUGAUAUUUCGGUGCCCGAACAAAUUUGACGGGAUGGAUUCGGAUAUUCAAGAGAAACCCGCCGACGUUGCCAAGCAGCGAGCGCAGAAGAAAUUUUCAGAGUUGAUCCAGAAGUUCUAUCAUCAACUCACUAAAGGAUGUGGUCGCAGUUCGUGUGACAACCCUGACUGCUUUUCUGCCGGACGGAUGAGUCCGCUGACACCCGAUCAGGCCGCAGUGCGUGCGGUGGACCUGCUUCGGAAUCACGCUCGUUUGUGUUCCUCGAGUCCACACAAGUCCGCCGAAGAUCCGGAUUUCAAGACUCAAGAAUGGACCAACGACGAGCGAAUGAAGAAAUGCAUUCACGCCUGCGAAACUGCCGGGGAUUACAGAUUACUCCGACAUUACCUCGGACGAAUUUUUUCCGACCCUGCGCGAGUCAACCAAAGUUUCUUGUUGGAAGAUGGAUACAGGGGUGAACCGUUGGAUGAAUGGAGACUACGUUUGGACGUUCCCGCUCUUCGACGUUGUUACGAGAUGUUGAAACCUUUGAUGGAGGAGGUUUCUCCGGUUCUGGUCAAUGCUUUCAUUCAAAUGUUCUCCUGCGCUGAAACGGAUCUGGCGACGAGACACUGGGAAGAGAUGGCACCGGAGGAUAUAAACAUGUUCCCGAUCGCCGUGGAGCUUAUGGACCUCGUUGAGGAGGAAGCAUCCCAGCUGGAGAUCAUGCGGUAUUUAUGCCGAGCUCACAGAAAACUGCGAUACCGGGGAAUGGUGUACUUGUGUCGCACUUUGGUGAAAGCUUGCGACGCUGCUCGUCUCGAGUCGGUUGUCUCCAAGGUGCAUCGUCACAUUGCCCAUUCAGUCAGUAACGAAUUCAUCUCGUCCCCGGACGGAGCCCAGGAAGGAGUUAUAUUUCUACGAGUUCUUUACUGUGCGAGCUUGUUGGGAGGAGAAAUUGAGAAACCGCUUCCUUGUCAAGCUGAAGAAGUUAUCGAGCGGAAAAACGCUGGGAUCGUGAGUCUUUCUGACCUCAUCGACACUGCCCAGGGAAGCAGUCGAAGUCGCGAUGCGCUGAGAGGAACGAAAGUUCUGACGAAUUCGAGCGAAGAUCCGUUGUUUUUGGCUCUGGACCUGGAGCCUUUGUACGUGUACAAACCUGUGGUUCCACUGAUGAAGUUCUAUAAUCAAGAGCUGAGUGUGGCAUUGCCUGUUGAGAAGGACUUCAUGGAAUACAAUGAAGUCAGUGAUGGUCCUUUUCCGCCGUUCAGUGCCUUGAGGAGAUUCGACAGGAACAUGUUUCGAUUUACCGCCGUUCCAGCUUCUGAGAAGUUGUUGCAGAUUUUCUUGGCUUUCCUGCGAUAUCCGUUCGUUCUAACGCCGAUGGUGAAAUCCACGGGAUUGUUCUAUCUUCAUCGGUUCCAGAUGCUACAGCAGCGCUACUACAAUACAAUCGCAGCUGUUCACAUCGGACAAAUGCCAACUCCGUUUUUGAAGCUGCGAGUUAAUCGCAAGACUUUAAUACAAGACGCUCUACAAGAGCUGGAAAUGGUGGCUUAUUCCGAUCCGACAGCACUGAGCAAGCAGCUGGUGGUGCAGUUUAUCGGAGAACAAGGAGUGGAUGAAGGUGGUCUAUCCAAGGAGUUUUUCCAGCUGGUUGUUGAAGAAAUUUUCCAUCCUAAUUACGCAUUAUUUACCCUGAAUAAAGAAACCAAUACUCAUUGGUUGAACUCGUCGUCAAUGGAGAGCCCAGGACAUUAUAAACUCAUCGGCCUCGUGAUUGGAUUAGCAAUAUAUAAUAACGUCAUUCUCGACGUACAUUUUCCCACAGUCAUUUACAAGAAACUCAUGGGGAAAACUGCGACGUUUCAUGAUCUUGAAGACUUUGACCCUACGUUUCUUGAGUCGAAUUUCAUCGUCCCACAGGUUUUGUACAGAAGUUUGUGCAGUUUGCUGGACUACAAUCAGCCGGAUGUCGAGGAUGUUUACGAACAAACUUUCGAGAUUGCGGUUCGCGACUGCUUUGGAGAAUUUCAAAAGAAGUGCCUGAAACCCGGCGGGGACAAGAUUCGAGUCAACCAUGAAAAUAAACUCGAGUUUGUCAAAAUGUACGCCGAUUAUUUGUUGAACUGGUCCGUCGAACAGCAAUUUUCUGCUUUCAAGAAAGGGUUCCUCAUGGUGACGCAGCAGUCGGAAGUUUUCUCUUGGUUCACGCCUGGAGAGGUGGAACUUCUGGUUUGUGGAACGGUGGAAACGGACUUGACGGAACUGGAGAGUUUUACAAAAUACGACUGUGGGUAUUCAGCGGACAGUGAGGUGAUACGUUGGUUCUGGAAAGCUGUGCACGAAAUGACGAGUGAGCAGAAACUGGAUCUGCUCAGGUUCAUAACUGGGUCACACCGCGUGCCCGUCGGUGGCCUCAAGGCUCUCGGUCUGGUCAUUUCUCGUCAUGGCGACGAUUCCAGUCGGUUACCAUCAGCUCAUACUUGCUUCAAUGUACUGCUGUUGCCGGGCUACGCGAGCGAGGAACUAUUGAGAGAACGGAUCCAGUGCGACUUCGUAGCAGACGGAGUUGAGGAGAUAUUUGUGGAUGAUCUCGGCGAUUUUUGCGCGCAAAGACGGGUAGCCAUGAUUGUUCGUUGGAUCUGACGCAGUGAAAUAGUGAGGCGGACACGAUUAUGGGUUUAAUGACAGGUCUGGCGGACUCGCUGGGCGCCAACGAGUCCAUGAUAUGUUUACUAAUAGCCCUGCUUCUCGGCUACCCAGCUGCCGGGGUACACCGGUACUUUGUCCGGCCCUUGGGCCCGGGUAUCCAGAAUCUCUAUUUCUUCCUCGCCGGGUCCCUCAUAGUCGUGUUUUGUUUCGGAUGGGGCAUCGCUCAUUGCCUCUUUUGUCUCGGCGUUCAGUACGUCAUCUUGUUGGUGUGGGGCAAGACUGUCGUGUCACCAAUGGUUUCCAUGGCGUUUCAAAUGAUGUACCUGCUUUGGGGGUACUGGCGAACCGAGAGCGACCUUUACGAUAUCACGUGGACGUUGCCGCAUUGCGUGUUGACUCUGAGGCUGAUUGCUGUGGCGUUUGAUCUUUGGGAUGGACAGAUGAAAGUUGAGAAAAUGUCGGAAGAACAGAAGCACAGAGCGCUCUGGGAAUGUCCGAGUUUGCCCGAGCUCUGUGGUCAUGCCUUCUUCCCGGCCUCCAUCAUGGUCGGUCCCCAGUUCUCCAUGAGACGCUAUCAGUCCCUGGUCCACGGGGACUUCGAAAAGAAGCAAUUCCCGCCACCGUGGCGUCUCGCCUUGGGAAGACUAGGCCUGGGAAUGGUCUACUCGGGUAUUUUUGUGAUGUUCAGUGCCUUCUUGCCGUGGGACUAUCCGUUGUCCGACGAAUUUUUGAGCCGUCCAUUGUGGCAGAAAAUCUUCCUGAUCGGGGUGUGGGGUAAACUCAAUCUGAUGAAGUACGUGGCAUGCUGGCUCAUAACAGAAGGAGCGUGUAUGUUUUCUGGAUUGUCCUUCAAUGGACAGGAUGAAUCUGGGAACCCGAAGUGGGACGGAUGUCGCAACAUUCACGUCGUCAAGUACGAAACUGCGACCGAGUUUCAGCAAAUGAUCCAUUGCUUCAACACGAACACAAAUUCCUGGGUCUCUUGCUAUGUUUUCAAACGUUUGAAAGUCCUCAACAACAAGCACGUCAGUCACGUGUGUGCCUUACUGUUUCUGGCCGUGUGGCACGGAUUGCAUCUCGGUUACUAUGUCAUGUUCCUCAACGAGUUCCUGAUGGUCACGCUUGAACGACAAGUUUAUGCUGUAAUGGGACGAAAUCCGGAAUACGUGAAGUUGACUAACAGUUUUCUAUGGAAACUAUUGACGUGGCCAUUCAAGGCAAUUUGGCUCUGGGUCGGAAUUUCCUACGCUUUGAUACCAUUCCUCCUCCUGACAACGCACAAGUGGUGGUUCGUGUACAAAAGCUUGUGGUUCUGGUUCCACGGCGUCCUGCUCAUUGGGUACCCGUUGGCAAAGAUGGUGCUAGCCUCGGUUCUCGGGGUAAACGGACGAAAGUACGAAACUGACAAGAAAACUGCUUGAAUCUCUCUCUCUCUCUCUCUCUCGAAAGAAAAAAAUUCGAGGAAAUCUCGUGCUGUAGUUGGAAAAUUUCGUGUGGAUCUCUUCGAUCGACUUGUCGUGUCUUGGUUUAUUUUUUUUUCUUCAUUUCUCUCUCUCUCUAUCUCUCCAGACGAUCGGAUGCAUCAGUCGAAUGAAUUGUGUAGGAGAGUGCUUCCAAUGACUCAAUUGAAUCUCUUCCUUGCUACUUUACUCCACGCUUGGAGUAAACUUUUGAUUCUGCUGAUUUUCCACUUUUUAGUCAUCUCGAAAGAAUUUCUGAGAAGGGUCUUGGUGGCGACGAGAUCCCGGUUGAAUUUGUUUCCCUACCCCAUUCAGCAAUAUUAACAGCAUUUUAUUUUUAUCUAACUUACGAGAGAACCUCUUGAGUUGAUCUAGAAUUCAGCUCGAUGAACUAAUCAUGUUUAUUUCGUGAAAAAGCAUUUCGGGUUGAACGAAAUCAGCUUUUCCGUGUGAAAUGUCCCAUUGAACCGGUUUUGGAAGGAGAAAAUUCUUAUAGAAACACAAGCUUUUUGUACGCAGGAAAAAAAACGGGCGAAGUCUCCCAGUAGUAUAUACGGGAGAUGUUCAAAAAAGACUUGAGUGCGGUGAAAUUUUGCAAUUAAAAGACUAGUCGGUGACGGUUUGACUUCCAGUCACAAGUUCGCGAUUUUUUUUUGUGUCGCGUGGGUUCGUACUACGUUUGAAUGCCAGAUAAUGUGGAGUGAUUUCCGCGUCCUCAAAAAGAAAUAAAUAUAUGUUCGUGUUUUAA